CACAAUGAUUCCAAAUCAAAUACCUCAGACAAAGUAUGCUCGCGUAAAACUUCAGAACCUCAUGUAAUUUGUGCCAGUGUUAUGUCCACAACAAAGUCUUCUGUUUCUUCUCAAAUGUCGUCCACAUCUCGCAUAAAUCAUCUGCGACAAAAGCAUGCAGGUGUAUUUCAAAACAAACUGGGCUGUUGUAAGUUCACCAAAGUAUCCUUGUCACUGAAGCAAAAUGCAAAGCCAAUUUUCAGACCGAAACGACCAGUGCCUUAUGCUGCUCUGCCAGUCGUUGACCAGGAACUGGACAGAUUAGAAGCGCUAGGUGUCAUCCAGCCAGUAAAUUAUUCACCGUGGGCUGCCCCCAUAGUGGUCGUGAAAAAGGCAAAUGGGACUGUUCGCAUAUGUGCUGACUUUUCCACUGGUCUGAAUAAUGCCCUAGAAGAUCACACGUAUCCACUUCCCAUACAGGAAGAUUUAUUCAUCAAACUAAAUGGAGGAAAGUAUUUUGCUAAGAUUGACCUUGCUGAUGCAUAUCUCCAAAUAGCAGUUGAUCCAGCCUCCCAACCACUACUGACGAUUAACACUCACAGAGGCCUUUACCAAUAUAAGCGUUUACCUUUUGGUGUAAAACCAGCACCAGCUAUUUUUCAACAAAUAAUGGACACUAUGUUGGCAAAUUUGCCAGGAGUCGCUGUCUAUUUGGAUGACGUAAUCGUUACAGGUUCCAGUAAGUCCGAGUUAUUCGAUCGACUCGAUGCUGUUUUAACCAAAAUAUCUGAGUAUGGAUUCUACCUAAAAGAAGAGAAGUGUACAUUUUUCAUGGACUCUGUGAAAUAUCUUGGUUUUGUUUUCGAUAAAAAUGGACGACGCCCAGAUCCGGAAAAUGUACGAGCUAUCCAAAAUAUGCCACCUCCAUCUAAUGUAGCAACUCUGAGUUUAUUCCUUGGUCUUAUCAGUUAUUACAGUAACUUUUUGCCACAAUUGCAUCGCCUCCGAGCACCCAUGAACCAAUUAUUAUCCAAUAAUGUAAGAUGGGACUGGUCCAGUAAGUGCCAAAAAUGUUUUGACAAAGUAAAGUCAUUAUUAACAUCGGAUCUACUCCUUACAUAUUUUGAUCCCUCGCUGGAAAUCGUUGUUGCCGCAGACGCUUCUGACUAUGGUAUCGGUGCCGUCAUAUCCCAUAGGUUUCCAGAUGGCAAAGAGAAAGCUAUCGCACAUGCUUCCAGAACAUUAACUUCGGCAGAACGCAAGUACAGUCAAAUUGAGAAAGAAGGUUUGGCAUUAAUUUUUGCAGUUAAAAAGUUUCACAAAAUGCUGCAUGGUAGAAAAUUUACCUUAUUCACUGAUCAUAAACCCCUAUUAUCAAUUUUUGGAUCUAAGAAAGGCAUACCAGUUUAUACCGCAAACCGCCUCCAACGAUGGGCUACAAUGCUAUUAGGUUAUGAUUUCGCUAUCAAAUACAAAUCUACCUCUGACUUUGGUCAUGCUGAUGCAUUAUCGCGCUUAAUGAGUGAUCAUAAGCUUGAAAAUGAAGAUACUGUUAUCGCUUCUAUAUCAGUGGAAGAAGACGUAAACAGAAUGUUGUUAAAUUCAACACAAAUUCUCCCAGUGACAGCUGCUCAAAUCGCAUAUCACAUUCGCCGCGAUCCUAUCUUAAGACAACUAGCUACAUUUAUCCAGCGUGGUUGGCCCCCACGUAUAACAUCUCAUGAACUGAAACAGUAUUACCAACGACGCCAAUCUUUAUCCAUCGUAAAUGACUGUAUUAUGCUUACUGAUCGCGUAGUGGUUCCAAAUAACUUACGCUCAAUCGUCUUGCAAAAAUUGCACACAGCCCAUCCAGGUACUGGAAGAAUGAAAGCUAUUGCUCGAAGUUAUGUAUACUGGCCUAACAUCGAUGAACACAUCGAAGAUUUCGCGCGUGCGUGCAGAAAAUGUGCUACGGUUUCCAAAUGUCCACGAAAAGCUGAACUGUAUUCUUGGCCAUCUCCAAAAGAACCUUGGUCGCGUGUACAUAUUGAUUUUGCUGGUCCAUUCCAGGGUUCAUAUUUCCUCAUUUGUGUCGAUGCUUACUCAAAAUGGCCGGAGGUUAUCCCUAUGAACCAGGUCACUUCGCAAGACACUAUUAUGGAAUUACGGCAGUUAUUCUCCCGUUUUGGAGUCCCAAAUAUCCUUGUGUCGGAUAACGGCACUCAGUUUACUUCGUCCAUCUUCUCAGAUUUCUGCAAGAGAUUUGGAGUCAAUCAUGUUCGUUCACCUCCAUAUCAUCCACAAUCGAAUGGUCAAGCCGAAAGGUUUGUGGAUACCUUCAAGAGAGCGCUACUGAAGGCAAAAGGGGAGGGGAAGAUAAAGGAAAUUCUUAAUGAUUUUCUAUUUGUCUACAGAACAACUCCAAACCCGUCAGCACCAAAUCAAAUGUCUCCAGCAGAAAUUAUGUUUGGCAGAAAAGUUAAAACUGCUCUCGAUGCAAUAAAACCAGAGCGAAAUCUCAUAGGAAGGAGAAACCGAAAGAUGGAAAUCCAAUUUAAUCGCCAUCAUGGGGCGAAAAAUAGAAUCUUCCAAAACAACCAAACAGUAUACGUCCGUGAUUUCAGAUACUCACCUCCACAAUGGACUAGUGGACGCAUACUUAGGAGACGGGGAAAUGUAGUGUAUGUGGUGGAAGUUGAAGGUCAAAAGUGGACACGUCAUGUUAACCACAUACUGGAAAAUUCUGGUACUGCACAGAAAACCAAGAAACUGAGUUCAAUGUGGCAAAUCUUCUUGGACAGUUUCGAUAUUAAAAGUUCAACGACUCACAAAACUGUGCAUCCGGAACAAGAUCCUAUUAGGAGAUCGUUACGAAAACGCAGAAGACCAGAUGUUCUACAAGUGGACCCAAAGAAAAGAGCAUACGUUUCUGAGGGGAGAUAUCAAUGAUGAUAUCUUAACUAUUACUUGUAAAUAGUGACUAAUCAUUUUUCUUUUUUUUAUUUAUUCCAGUUGGUCAAAUUAGUCACGCUUACACGGAUCGCAACGUAAACCGUUUUCACUUAUGCACUCAGUUGAAUGGCAGUUAUAACACUUUUUUUUGUCAAGGGGGAAGAUGAUGUGAACCGGGAAACAAGAAGCCCUGACAAACUACGAAGGCUAUUUUUCGGGACGUUAUUUCAUUUUAUUCAAAGCUUGUAAAACACACUAACAUUUAUUUUUGUCCUAAUCUAUUCUACAGAACAUAAGCUUUCGUUCGAUGUAUCAUUCACUGCCAUACCUUUUUCUGUUCCGAAGCUAUUGUAAUUUAAACAUAUUAUUUUGCACCCUAUUUUCUACUCUAAUUCCCAGCUUUGGACAUAAUUGUAUUUUUCCUAAUUAUUGUACGUUGCGGUCGGGUUAUUCACUUAUUUAUUCAUGUACCUUUUUACACUAAUCUGAAUUCAGUGAAUUCAGUAAAUCCAGUGAGUUCAGUGGUCAGGGAAAUAGAUCGAGUAGUGUUCC